AUGCUGAAGUCUAGUUGGUUAAUCCUUACGUCCUUCCCCAAUUCUCUUCCAUUGCGGAUUGCAGGACUCAUUGCCCGCCUCCUCAAAAGGGGGCGGGACCAAGAAACUCCACCUCUUCCCUCCUCCCAUUCCCCCCCCCCCGCUUUACUCGGUCCGUCCAACCCAGGCAGAGUCUCGGGUCUUCCAAUUGGAAGAACGCCAGAGGGACAGUGCUUCUGAUUGGUCAGAAGUCGGGAGGUGGAUUUAACAGAACAAAAUAAGAGGCUCAAUGGUGAAAACGAAAGUCAGUCAGACUCCGAGUCCCGCCUUCUGAGAUUGGCGGGUAACCUAGCAACGCAGAGACCAAGAAACCACCUCGGAAGAGCUCUACUGGAGCUUGCAGAGCAGGGGACAGAAGGUACAUCAAGAGGGCACGCAGAGACAUGACUGGCAUGGCCAGGGACAUCCUCACCUCAGCCCCCCUCUCCCAAGCCCCUGACAUCAGUAGAAUCCCACUGAAGACAGAGCUGUCCCCAAAGCCAGCGGAGCCACUGAAACCUUUGGUCCCCUCCAAGUCCAAACUCGCCACCAUCGAGGCCAAGAGGAUCAUGUCUGUUCUGGACGAGGCCAUCUGCAAGGUGGAGCUGGUCACGCUGCUGUGGGAUGUGGCAGGCCAUCCAGAGGCCCUGGUGGGGAUGCGCGAGGACCUCGCGGGAGCCCUGAGAGAGCACGGGGCCCUCUGCCAGGCCCUGCUGGACAGCGUGAGCAACCUGCUGGAGAAAGUGCAGCGGCUGCAGGAGGAGGCGGAGGAGGCGGAGGAGGCCUGGCUCUGCGAACGCCGCAUCUCUGUGCAGCUGCACAAAGCCAGCCUCCCACCAUUCAUGCGGCAGAUCAGGGACUCCACCAAGAACAUGCUGAGGCUCUUGCUGAGCAACCCCGAGGCCACCAAGCUCCUGCAGAUGCAGGCAUUUCACAGAAGCCCAGGGACCCAGCGCUUUCUGGAGGGCCUGGUGGAGCUGCGGGGCUUCCUGUUUGAGAAGCUCCUGACCAACCCCAUGCAAGCACGGGAGAAGGCCCAGUUCUUGCAGGACAUCAACAGACGGAACCAGAGGAACCAGGAGGCCAUUGACAUGCUCAAAAAAGAACUCGCCGUGAGGCUGAAGAACAGGGAUGCUGAGGUGGAGAAGGAGAACUUCGUGAUCCAGGAGCUGAAGAACCACCUGCACCAGGUGCUCAAGCUCUCGGAGCAAAGCCUGCUGCGCACCAGGCAGGAGGCCGAGAAGCAGCAGAAGGCGGACUUCCGCGCCUCGCAGGUCAGGAUGGCCAAGACACAGCAGGAGAUCCUGACGUUGCGCGCGCAGUACCACAACCUGGUGUCGGAGAACCACGAGGUGGAGCAGGCGUUGCGCAAGAAAAAAUACAAAGUGGAGACAGAAGUGGAGAACUGGAUUCAGAAAUAUGAUACAGAGAUGGGUGAAAAGCAGCCGGCUCAUCCCAGAACAGGCAGGGCCAUGGCCUCCCUCCUGUCUGCGUCCACCUGGGAAGGCUGGGGUGCAGGGUCCACUCCGAGCCGUGCCCUGCCUGUCCUCUGCCAGGAGGAGUUCGAGGACCUGCAGGUGAUGCACAGGGAGGAGAAGCAGCAGCUGGAGGAGCUGAAGCAGCGGCACCAGGUGCUGGCGGAGGAGUUCAGCCAGAUCCAGGCUGAGCGUGCCAUCAGCUCCAAGAAGAGGCUGGAGGCAGAGCGCGAGAUGCUGCGCAUGGUGCGGGCAGCCACACUCAUCCAGGCUGUGUGGAAGGGCUACCUGGUGCGCUCCAUGCUGCGCUCCAAGAAGAAGAAGCGGGGCAAGGGCAAGGACAAGGGCAAGGGCAAGGGCAAGAAGUAAGCCCCUCUGCAGCCCAGCCAGGGUCAAGGUCAGGCCAGCAUGGCACCAGAACGCGGGGUCCUGCCAUUCAUGGCUCGAAUGAGUCUUUCCAAUUAAAAGAAUUUAA